AUGUCUUCAAUCUACUACGACCCUGCUUAUCAACCCAAAUGGUCUACGGACAUGGGGAAAAACAAGAAUGUGUCUUUGACACACGAGGAAAUUUGGGACGAUUCUGCCCUUGUACAGUCUUGGGAUGAUGCUGUUGAGGAAUAUCAACUCUAUCAUAGUAUUCACGCCAAGGGUGAGAAUAUCGAAGAUGUCUUGAAGUCGGCAGAGGAGAAUGGUACUGCUGCCGAGACUAAGAAUGUCGAAGAAGAAGCCGAGAGUGUCGCAGAGAAGGAUGCCAACCCUGAGAGCGAGGAUGUCGCCAUGGUCAUCGAGGAAUCAACUUCGGAGUCUGCUCCUAAGGUCUCUCAGCCCGUGGCGACUUCCACCGAGGUUUCAACAGGUGCUAUGCCCCACCCAGUUAUGGCCAACAUCAAAGAUGAAGCUCUGAAGAACCUCAUGAUGUCGUGGUACUAUGCUGGCUACUAUACCGGACUACACGAAGGCCAGCAACAGGCAACCCAAGGCAAGACCUGA